AUGGCCGGCCAUGAUGAAGUGUCACGGCCAAGGUCUCCAGAUCGCGAGCGGGACCGCAAACGACAACGAAGACACUCGCCGGACUCGCAUCGAGCAGAUAUUGUGAAAGCACUACCAUUCGGAGCACGCACUUUGAACAAACACGAUCUCGAAGCCCAUAGACCGAUGUUCACGUUGUAUCUGGACAUACAGAAACACAAGGAUAUCGAUGAGCUAGAUGAGCGCGAGAUCAAAGGCCGGUGGAAGAGCUUCAUUCACAAAUGGAAUCGUGGAGAACUAGCUGAGGGCUGGUACGAUCCACAGACUCUCACGAAGGCCGUCACUUCUGCUGCUUCUACACAACGGCGGUCGCCGUCUUCGGUUCAGCCCUACAACAGCCACAGACCAGGCAACGACGAGGAGGACGAGGACGAUGACUAUGGCCCUGACUUGCCUGCUGACCUUGUUGCAUCUAAGAAGAGCGCGAAUGGUCAGCUUGGACAGCUGACAACUGGGCCCUCGAUACCACGUCCUUCUGAUCUUGUCGCCCUGCGCGAGGAAGCUGCCGAGUCGGCCGCCGCCUCUCGGCAAGCCUCUCGCGAUGCCUUCAGAAGUGACCGCAAGACCGAACGCAAGCUCCAGACUCAGCGCCUCGAUGAACUUGUUCCUCGAGCCGAAUCCGGCACGCGCGAAAGACAGCUCGAGAAGCGCAAAGAGGCCGCAGCCUCGAAUCGUUCAUUCGCUCAGGCCGCACACGAGGCAGGAGAUGCAGACCUGCCAGACGACGAUGUCAUGGGCGACGCAGAUAGUCUGGGGCAGCUGAAGAAAAUGAAGCGAGAGAAUGAGAGAAAGAAAAAUGAGAGGGAGUUGAGGAGGGAGGAGAUGGCGAGGGCAAGGAGGGCUGAGCGGGAAGAGAAAUUGGAUGUUCUUAGAAAGAAAGAGGCGAAGACCAUGGAGGGUUUGAGAGCGUUGGCACAGGCGAGAUUCGGCGGUGGUGCUGGAGGAGUAGGUGAUGAAGACGGAGGGAAGCAGGCGCCCUAA